AUGGGCACUUAUCGCCAUUUGAUGAUUUAUUUUUGCUGUGUCUCAAUUGUUUUCAGUAUUCUGGAUAUUAUUGUUCAGCCGAAUGUUCAAACCUACAAAAGUGCAUUCUUCAUGGUCGUUGAAGUACAACGAAGAAAUAUGGAUCCAUGGAUUGCGAAGGUUUCUGUCUACUGCCUUUGUGGUUGCUUUGGUGUGGCUCAUUACUGUAUUGCUAUUCAUUUUAUUUACAGAUUUUUUGCCUUGGAAAGAAAAGGAAGAGUUCGAUACUUCCAAGGGUUCAACUUGAUCAUCUGGUUUCUGAUUCCCAUAUUCAGUGGGGCGAUGUGGUUUCUGAUCACUGCGGAGGUGUUUACACAGACCAGUAUUGAGAUAGAUUAUAUUAGAAACAUCGUGAAACAAACAUUCAGUGCCGACAUGCACGAAAUUGUAUUCGUUUCUGGAAUCUUUUACCCAAUCGACCAAACAGUUCUUAUGACAAUUCCUUUCACUGUUAUCAUAGUGUUCGGAUUCAGAAGUUGGAAAAUUGUGAGAGGAUUAUUGGAUCAUGGAGAGUCAGAGUAUUCGAAAAAUCUGCAAAUGCAGUUGUAUAAAGCUUUGGUGGCACAGAAUUUUCAAACUUACAAAAGCGCUUACAUUUUGGUUGUUGAAGUGAAGCGACGGAAUAUGGAUCCAUGGAUUGCAAAGGGGUCAAUUUAUUGUAUUUGUGGAUGCUUUGGAGUAGUAAUUUAUUGUAUUGCUAUCCAUUUCAUUUAUAGACUUUUUGCUUUGGAAAGGAAGGGAAGGGUACGGUACUUCCAAGGAAACAAUUUGAUCAUCUGGUUCCUCAUUCCAAUUGUCUGUGGUGCAGCCUGGCUCCUAAUCACCUCGGAAGUGUAUACACAGACCAAGAUUGAGGCAGACUACAUCAGAAACUCUGUGAAACAAACAUUCAAUUCUGACAUGGAAGAUAUUGUGUUCAUUUCGGGAAUUUUCUACCCAAUCGACAAAACAGGCCUACGAAUUUUUAAUUGGAGAACGUUCCUUGGAUUCGGUCUCUUUUCUAUUCUCAUGACAAUUCCUUUCACUGUUAUCAUAGUGUUCGGAUUCAGAAGCUGGAAAAUUGUGAGAGGAUUAUUGGAUCAUGGGGAGUCGGAAUAUUCAAAAAAUCUGCAAAUGCAGUUGUAUAAAGCUCUGGUGGCACAGACAGUCCUUCCCAUGAUAUUUCUAUUCAUCCCAUUCGGACUGCUGUUCUCUCUCCCGAUGUUUGAAAUUGAUUGUCAACUUUUAUCGUCAUUUAUCACUUUGACAUUUGCAAUGUAUCCAGCAGUUGAUCCACUUCCGAUUCUCUAUUUUAUCGACUAUUACAGAAAUCCCAUAAUAGGUUUGGAACUUUUAAGGAAAACUGAUUAUACGAUGUGUGAAACUUUAACAGAUGCGUUCAAACUAAAAUGUUGCAAGAGGAGUCGAAUUUCAAAUGACGAAUCGAUAACAAUUGGAUGA